GAAUCUGUCAAAACACAUAUUAAAAACAAAAGAGGCUUUGAUAAAACAUUGAAUAUAAAUUAUAGCUACACAAACCAAAAACCAGGACAAAAAACCUUUACUACAACAUAUACAAGCAGAGACCUACAAGAUCUAUCACACCAAUGUUCAUGGAUAUUAUUUAUGCACAAUAGGUAUAUUAGUGCUGAAGCACAAGCAGACGCUCAAAAGAAAUUCAGAUCAUUAAUAUUUUCGUCUAAGUAUAUCACAUUACUUGAAUUACAACUCUUUAAGGCUCAAUAUUACAAAAUGAGAGAAGAAGCAGCAAUCAACCAAUCCUUUGAAGGAGGAGGUUGGACAGACCUAAAAGAAAAACUACCUAAAGAAAGACACCCAGGAGAAGACUACUUCUUCCAAUUACAAUUUACAGGAGUACCAACAUCAUUUGAAACUGCUUUUUAA